CAUGCUGAAAAGAAAAGAAAGGAAACAACGUUUUGGAUGUGGAGCCUUCUUCAUAAACACGUUACUGCACCUGUUCCUGUGCAGCCUACGCAUGCUGACGCAGCUACUGUAGCUACUUGAACUACCAAUAAAUAACUUCCUUUCCACAAUUUCUGAUUGAUUCCGCAUCACAAAACCGGUCAAUUUCAAACGUAUCUUUUUCUGCGUGUGAAAAACAGCCUGGGAACUCUAUUGACCCCUAGCUACAGGGACAUUGUCAGCUUGGUCAACCAGUUUGGGAAAAGCUGAAGACUUAAAUCAGUUGAUUCCAGUUGCAUUGGAGAGUUCUGGUCGAGGUGGGAGGGUGAGGUUUGCUAUAACCACAGGAGCUUUUAGUAAAAGGCACCGGAGGUGAAAGCAGCACGAUUUGCUUGUCAAGAGCCCGUGAUGUGACAGAAGGGGCGGUGUUGGAGCGCAGCUGUGCUCGAUUCUGCUGGUACGGGGUGACGAUUGGCCGUGGGUUGUCCGUGGGGAUACUGUCUCAGGCAGAUAUUACAGGACUCAGCAGAGGAUUAGGCUGCACAUGGGCUGGGCGCUCGCAGAGGUCAAAUCUUAUGAGUGCCUGGUCUGAAGAAAUGUGAAUUCAAAUUGCGGAAACACCAGAUAUCUAACUCAGAAUACAGCAGACUGUACAACCAAAACAGAUUCCUUGAGGAAAGGGGCGGGGAACGACGAGCUCGAAAGGUAACUACGACAACAGCCGAGGGUCAGGGAGCGCGUGCGAAUCGAGACGGGUGCCAUGGCAACAGACCCCAGAAGCCUCCCAAGUUCUCUCUCAGAGGACUGGGAGAACUGCAGCCUCCUGACGGAGGGGGAUACAGACUCCACUGAAGACAGGGAGGCAACAGGAGAACACAUUCCGUCCAUGAAUUGGGAAGCGCCCAAGGCCCAGCAAGAGGAAUCUUGGCCUGAUUUGCCAGAGCCACAGUGGCCAGUGGAAGAAAAUGCAUUAGAUGCCCUUGACUGUGCUGACUGGAAACUCCCUCAACGUAUCCCAGAGGCCCAAGAGUUCCCUCCUGCCCCGCCGGUCAUGUUUAGCGACACAGAGCAGGAGUGUCUACUAGCACCAGAAGAGGACGACCAGCAAGGCAAUGAUGCUGUGGAAGGGGAAUCCGAUGCCAAGGAAAUCCCAUUCCCUGAGGAAACAGUGGCCAGGCAGGAGCCCUGUGUCGGCCAGGAGUGGCCACCUACCCCGCUGGAGUUGGGCAUGGAGGCAAGGGAAGGGUUGCUCGUGGAAACAGUGGAUGGACUUGAUCUGCGUAAGGCUGCAAACCCCCAGGGGCCAUCUGAAGAAACGACUUCUCAUUCUGGCCCAUCUGAUGAUGGCCUUGACCGCGGGGAGCCCUCGGGAGAAGCUGUCAAGUUGUGCUGCGAGACGCCAGAAGACCCCACUACAAAGGGGGACACUAAAAGUGUGGUGGACUACCAGUCUUUAGAUUUCAGCACUGCCAAGGAGCAGUGGAUGAAGCUGGAGAACAAUGGCAGCAGCAGACCCCCCCAGCCUUCCUUCUCCAGGAGCUCCUCCGGAAACCAGCUCAUGGAAACAGCAUCAUCGUCUCCAGCAAAUUCCUCCCAUAAAGUCCAGCCAGAGGAUGCAGUUCUGCCUCUGAGUCACCAGGAGGAGCUCCUACACUGCCUGAAGACUCUGCAACAGGCACAGGAGCAGCAGGUGCAGAAGUCACUGCCCCUAGCAACAGUUGCCCAGGAAUCAGCCAAUGAGGGAGCCUGCUCUGGGAGUUUUGUUGUAGUUAGGGAGCUUAAAGGGACAGAGAGAGGGGAGGGGCCACCAGUAGGUAGACUAACAGGUGCAGCCAAGCAGGGAACAGCUUGGACAGGCGAGGCAGGGAGAGAGAGCACAGAAGAAGGCAGCCUUCCGGCUCACGGAGAGGAGAAACCGGUUGCCCGGCGAGUGAGAAUGGAGCUGGAGAACGGGGAUGACAACCUCAGCGACAGCGGGGUGUCUGCCGACUUUUCCCCCGGCAGCACCUUAGAGAUGAACUCUUCCUUCAGUGGGGCGCUCCCAGCCAACGAGACCCCCAUCGAGAGGGAGAUCCGGCUGGCUCUGGAGAGAGAGGAGAACCUGCGGAGGUCCAGAGGCAUCUCCAAGCCCAGCGUGUCCGAGGAGUACGUGGAAAUCCCCCUGAGGAAGCCCAUCCUCUCCCAGGCGCUUCCUUCCAAGGCGGGCAAAGGCAAGGACAGGCACUUUGCUGGCAAGAAGAUGCAAAUGGAGAUCAGCAUGGACACCCAGAGGGAGGAGGACCUGGUUCAACUGGGCAAGGUGCCUGGGGUUUACGACAAGGGCACCGUCCGGCAGCUGCGGGAGAGGAAGAUGCUGUUCGAGGUGUUCCAGGAGAGCAAGGACCCCGCCACAACGCCCAGGGCGACUGCAGAUGACGCCUCUCUCGGGGGAUCUCCCCGUUCUUCGAUCCUGGAGAGGAGAAGGAGCUUAGACCUGGUGUCGCAAAGUCCGGGUCUGAGCCUGGCCCAGGGCCCUCUCAGCGGGACCGCACCCAGUGUGAACCUGGAGCCGAAGGGCCCGUCUCUUACGGAAGGAGCCGUGGGCAAAGUCAUCAUCCUGGAGAACACCAUCAGGAUCCCCGCCACGCUGCUCCGCGCGGCACCCGUCGCCAACGACCCUGCGAGGAGCCACGAGGGGGAGAGGGCGCCGGUCCUGGAUUCGAGGGGCAUGCCGUACGCCCCGCAGGGGGAGGAGGAGCCAGACGGGGAGGUGCUGCUGGAGGACGAGCCCCCCCGGGAGAACCCCUUCUUCAAGCUGCGUUCCUCCAUGUCGCUCAAGCCCGAGGUGGAGCAGGAUAUCCGCGAGGCGCAGCAGAGGGAGAGGGAGCUGCGCCGCCAGAGGUUCAGCCUUUACGGGACAGCGGGAGGCCCCCGGGACAGCGAAGAGCCCCAGCCCGCCACCCCCAAUGGGCUGGCCAUCCCAUCAACCCCCCCCCCCAACCGGCCGGUCUCCCCCUCCCCCUCGCCCUCGCCAGCUCCCUCAGCUCGGCAGUCCCUGGGGAAACUGGACGUGACCUGGCCCCCACCCUGCCGACCUGCUGCAGAACCCUCCGGCCACACAGAGGUGAAAGGGAGCCCUAAGACCCCCCGCCAGAAGAUUCCACUAUUGCAACGCUGGGAAACGGGAAUGGUCAACGGCCAUCAGGAGGAGGACUGACAGCGCCACCCGGUGGCCACUAGUGGUAUCUGCACCCAUUUCCACCCAAAACCUCCCUAUCUAGGGGGACUUUAGAGUCGCUUGACAUUCUGGUGCGAAACAGCGAAUGAAGACUCUUGACUGAAGUCUCUGCAUCAUCCGAACACCCUUAACCAGCCUGCUCCAGCUGCGCGCCAGACUCCGGCUCACACGACUGACCUGCAUCUGUGUACUGUAGGUCUUUAUUCUUGGCAGGGGUCUGCCUCCAGGAUGGCACAACUCUGACGGCCGUCGCCCCCUCCCUGUACAUCGAUCUGCCGAUUGGACCGUGUUCCGAACAUUUUCUUCUGACACGACUUUUUCUCCACUCCGAUGUUUGAGGCUCGUGGGAUCUGGUCGACAGGCUUUCAUCUCUGCACGUCUGCGAACCACACCGCUCUAAAAUGGACGCUCCUUUGCUUUGUUUCUGUAGUAAAAUAAGUAUUAAAAGUGCAUCAUGUAAGUGUUCUGCUAGACUGCUGGUUAAAAUGUUAAAAAUCAUUCCUAGACAUUUUGAAUCUGGUGUUACUGUACUUUCAGUGUAAAAAGAUACUACACUAACCCUUUUCAUCUCCUGCUCCUUAUUAUUUAUGUACUCUUAUUGUGUUUUAAAAACUGCUAUGUCUUGCUUUAGCUCUCUUCUAUGUAACCUGCUAUUUAUUUACCGAAAGAUGAAUGCAAGUCCUUCUGAGCACUUUUUGAGAUUUAAUUUUCUAAACAACCGUUUCUUUCUAAAUGAAGUCAGUUUUUAUGAAGAGAGCAAUACUAACCCCUGGGAAAAUCUCCUGUUUUGAUAUGCAUACUUUUUGACAAAACAAAUAAAAUUCACUUGAUUGUUACA